AGCUGAUCUCAGGCUUCAUUUCUGAUCUCCACAUUUGUUUUUGAAGCUUCGUUACUGUCUUGAGUAGUAGUGCUGAUAUAUCUCGUUUGGCUCAACUCAUUCACAGACCGCCAUGGCAACCAAUGGAGAAACGCUCAUCGCUCCCUGCUCCAAGAACAGCUUCCACCACCACCAAAGGCCUCGGCGGAUCUCCAUGGAGGGCCUGCAGAGGGCGAUAUCCGACCUCUCCUUCCAGCUGAGCAGAGAGGGCGUGGAAACGACGCUCCCACCCGUCUCCGAGGUGGAGGACGCCCAGUGCGAGUGCUGCGGCAUGUCGGAGGAGUGCACGCCGGGGUACAUCCGCCGCGUGCGGGAGAGGUUCGCGGGGAAGUGGAUAUGCGGCCUGUGCUCUGAGGCGGUGAAGGAAGAGGUGGCGAAGAAUGGUGGGAAGGAGGAGGAGGCGCUCGAAGCGCACAUGAGCAUGUGCGCAAGGUUCACCAGGCUCGGGAGGACGCACCCGGUGCUCUUCCAGGCCGACGCCGUGAGAGAGAUCUUGAGGAAGUCCUCGAGAGGGGCGAGGGGGCAGUCCACCGGCCAUGGCGACAGGGACAUCGCCAAGAAAGGCAGCAUCGCAAGGAGCUCAAGCUGCAUUGCAGCCAUUACCAAGGAGAUCAACAAGCGCAGAGCAGCCAACUGAGCUCUGCAUGGACUCGACGUAGGGUUUAUUUAUGGGUCACUCUCCUCCUUCCCUCAAACUAUGAUUGAUGAGUUGAGUGUUUUAGUUGGAUGGCCAAUCCAUGUUCCAAGCUCAAGGGUUUUUUCUUCUUUUGUCGGAAGGUUCACCUUCACUGACUUUGACCAAUUUCACUGAAGUGGUGGUGAUCUCUCCUAAUAUUGUUUGUACCCUUGAAACAUGGCCACUUUUUCUUCUCUCCAUGAAGAAUGGUUUGAGUUUAAGAUGGCUGUACAUUGGGAGUCGCUAA